AUGGACCAGAACUUCGUAACACUGAAUGAUGAGCAAGUAGUGGCAGCCGACAAGUUCUCCAAUAUAGCGCCAGUGAUGGACGACAAAAUGGCUGGACAGGUAAGGGAGACUUUCCCAUUAACACCUAUUUUACUUGGAAUUUAAUGUUCUGGUAACAUGUAUCCUAAUUGUGGUGUUCUGGGUUGCUACUGAAAGUCACACUCCGAGAUCAUCAGGUGGUAUUUGUAUAAAGCAGCGCUCUGGUUGUUGAUGGCUGUCUUACUCUGUUCUUUCCACACACACUAAAUCUUCUGUUAUAGAAAAAGAAAAAAGACAGAAACCUUUUAUUCUAUUCACUGAACUGUGAAUUGACAUCUGGCUUACAAAUUUUUAAGAGUUGAGAAUAUUAAAACUCAAGCAAAGGUAGAGUGUUUUGUUUUGUUUGUUUUUUUUGUUGUUUUUUUAGGUUAUCUACUUUAAAAUGUGCCACAAAUUUGUAUGUUUACCACAGCUUACUGUUUAAAAGGGGUACUCUAAGCAGCCAUAUACCUUGCUGGUGCUUAAAGGGUUACUCCAACCCCAUAAACCCCAUACAACCUGCUGUAGUGCUUAUGCUGGUAGGAAUACCCUGGCAUUGGUAAUGGGGUAACUGUUUUAUAACAGUUUUCCCUAUUACCUAAUGCCCACCGAGCACUUAGUCUCCUAUCAAGAGUUGCAGAACCCGGAUGCAAAUCCUACCCCUCAUUCAUUGGCUAAUGAUGCCCUAGUGACAUUUGCAGCAUCAAAAAGAUUAAAGGGACACUCCAGGCACCCAGACCACUUCUGCCCAUUGGAGUGGUCUGGGUGCCAACUCCCACCACCCUUAACCCUGCAAGUGUAAUUAUUGCAGUUUUUAUAAACUGCAAUAACUUACCUUGCAGGGUUAGGUCCUCCUCUAGUGGAUGCCUAUCAGACAGUCACUAGAGGGACUUAUGGGUUUUUAAAACCCGAAAAGUGUUUUAAACUACGCUGGACGUCCUCACACUAUGCAUGAGGACCUCCAGCGUCCCCGGAAUACUAUGGGGAGGUCUAAUACACACGUGCGGACAUUGCCGUGCAUACGCAUGACGUCGGCGAGGAGGAGCGUGAGCGGAGCCUGACCCAGCGCCAAGGGACAUAAGCGCUGGAUUCAGGUACGUCACUAAAUGCGGGAGGGAGGAGGGCACUGCAGGGACCUGCAGUGCCAGAAAAACUAAUGUUUUCUGGCACUGGAGAGUCCCUUUAAACUUUAUAUGUGCAGCGAUUCAUAGUGAAAUGCUGCAUAUACAGAUUACCUGCAUCAUGACCACUUUGAAGUGGUUAUGGUGCUUGGAGUAACCCAUUAAUGAAUCCGUUUUGGUGUAUAGAUCAUGCCCCAUGCAAUCUCAUUGCUCAGUUCUCUUCCAUUCAGGAGUUAAAUCACAUUUCCUGGUUUGUUAGUUGAACUUGAUCACACACAAGUGGCUGUUGCAGGCUAUUAACAGAGCAUUAAUUUUAAAUUAAACACAUUGUUUUAGCUUCCCUUAUUGCACAAUGUAAAGUCUCUUUCAGGAAGUGUGUAAGGAGGCUGCGUGAGUCUCAGCCAGGGGAGGUGUGGCCAGGGCUGCAGAAAUAAAGUGAUUUAACUCCUAAAUGGCAGAGAAUUGAGAAGACUGCAGGGGCGUGAUCUAUACACUAAAACUGUUUCAUUAAGCUAAAGUUGUUUUGGUGCUUAGAGUGUCUCUUUAAUGAGUAGACUCAUUGGAAGAGGGUGACAAAAACAGAGGACUGUGUACAAAAAAGUAGUGACAGCCAGUAGAGGGGACUUGAUCACAGAUAUGCCAAGAGUAGUGAAAGCUGGUGACGAAAUGGAAAUAAAGAUAUUGAUUAAAGGGACACUAUAGUCACCUGAACAACUACAGCUUAAUGUAUAAUACAGCUUAUUGUACAGUAUACAGCUUAUUGUAUAAUACAGCAUCUUAUUGUAUAAUACAGCUUAAUGUAGUUGUUCUGGUGAGUAUAAUAGUUCCCUUCAGGCAUUUCAUGCAAACACUGAUUUUUCAGAGUAAAGGUAGUGUUUACAUUGCCCCUAAGUACACCUCCAAGUGGCCACUCCUCAGAUGGCCACUGGAGGUGCUUCCUGGCUCAGGGUUGCACAGUAAGCACCCCUGCCUGCUCUGCAUGGGGACGCUGAAUUUUCCUCAUACAGAUGCAUUGAUUCAAUGCAUCUCUUUAAGGAGGUGCUGAUUGGCCAAAACAGUGUGUGGCCCCGCCCCUUGCCAAUUUUAGCCAACCCGAUUCUUCCCACAUGGGAAAGCAUUGGAUUGGCUAAAAAUCUGCAAUUUUGAUGAUGUCACCAAGGGGACGGGGCCAGCACCGGCAGACCCGUGGAGAGCUGAAAACAAGGUGAGGUUGUGUUUUUUUUUUUUUUUUUUAACCCAUUCUGAGGGGGCAAGCCACUUAAAUGGUGGUUUUUCACUAUAGGGUCAGGAAUACAUGUUUGUUUUCCUGACCCUAUAGUGAUCAUUUAAGAUGCAGGUGAAGAGACAGCAGAGAGAGAUAUAAUCACAAGAAAAUUCAAAGUACUCCUCCUCAGUGGCCAUGUCUCUCUAGGAGGUAGCUUUGUUUUAUCUGCUAAGAUAUUCGUGGUAUUUUGGAUUAGAACUGCCUCCAUGACUGAGACUGAUCUAAGGGCAUAGUUUUCCACUGUAAUAGUGAGCUAAAACCCAUAUGAGACUGUAGCGGAUGGCACUGGGCUGUCCUGCAAAUGUCUUUGAAAUAACUGCAUUCGUGUGAUCUGCUAGUUUUCUAUGUGUUUUAAAAGAAUUGUAUUCCUCUGAUUGUUCGGUAGAAUCAUUCGACUAAACUAAGGGAAUGAAACUACCGAACAAUCAGACCUCCCCUGUGUUAAGUGUGUCCUCAAUCACCUGUUGCAACAUUGUUGCGAACGGGUAAUUGACAAGUUAAGUAGCCGUUCUUUGUUCUCGUGGGUGGCCGCCAUUCGACAAACGAACACGUGGCGGCGGCCAUUUUAAAACUCCCGAACAGCGGUGUUCUGCCGUCGAGUGUCUGGAACUCAAAUCGGACACUCGACUAGGUGAACACCGCUGAAACCUCCACAAGCCCGGUCCGUUCGGUUCCAAACUACCGAACGGCCCCUCGUUCGGUAGAUAGAAAGAACCGAACGAGGGGAUUCAGGCGAACCCUCCCUAGCCUCUAUAGCUAGAGGCUUUCGUGCAGUUUGUUCCCUUAUUCCAGGACCGAUUGCAGGGCCCAUUCGCAUGGAACUGUAUUCGGCUAUUUCAGUCAUUGCGGUCGGUCAUUUUAUUCCCUCCAUAAAUUUCCCGAACCCCAGGUCUGAUCUGGGUGAUUUUUGGAUAUGUUGUUCACCCAGAUCAGGGCUAUCAGGGGAUGUAGGAUUUAAAGGGGUACCCAUACGUUUAGGGGUACAUCCAGAAACGGGGGGAAUUGCUAGACUGGAUAAGGGGAUUAUGAUGCUGGCUGAGGGGAGGAGAUUUGUGGGAGGUUACCAGGACAGGAUUGGCUACUGUAUUAAUGAGUGUAAAUCCCUCCCUUGCAUGGGAGCAUGCUUUAAAAGGCCACUGUGGAUUAAAGCUUUCAGUUCUGCUCCUGAAACUGUGUGUCGUCCAGUUAUUGGGAUUGCUGUGGAUAUUGCUGUUAUUUUACCUGCUGGAAACCUUGCCUGUGGAUUUAUUUACUUGUUCCUGAGCCUCACUUGGAUCAUAAGCGGAGAUAACCUGGGGAAUAUUGCAUCUCCGCUACAGAGACCUCCCAUGUUGGAAGUGUUCACAGGGCAUAUAUUUAAGUGUGAUCUUAGUUUUUGCUUCUUUAAAAAGUAACUCCAAGUUAAACCGAUAAGGUGAUAACCUUAUGUUAACACUAGUGAUGAAGUAAUACUCUUCUGCAAAGUCCAGGUGGUUGGGUAUGGCACAGGGGGGUGUUGGACAGCUUUUUGCUAAGAGUGGAGUCCACUCUUUCUGAUGUGUUGUCUCAUGAUCUCCUUGACUUCUAUGCAAAAGUGACCAUUAUAAGGGACAUGGGGAUUCAAGUGAGUCAAGACACCUGCAUAUUUAAAUUACGAGCAGAGUGGAAUCAAAACGAGUCCCUCUCUCCCACUAUCUGUAUUUAUCCUUUUGAAUAAUGUUACAGAGUUCGUUUUGAGAAACAAAACAAAAAAAGAAAAUCUGCUUGUUGAUUGAUUUGUUAAAAGGAAAAUGUGGACUGAAGUUGUUUGUACUUUAGGGAAAUUCUGAUCUGGAUGAAGAUUGUGUCUCUGAGGAGCAGUCAAAAUGCUUAGAAGAAGAGAAGGGUUGUUACAUGGAUAUUGUGAAAGAGAACUCUCAAGUCGGUAGGUGUCCGGGUUAGAUAUGUACUAAUAGCAAGGUGAAACCUGAGGCAUAAAGAUCUACUAAUACAAUACAUGUCUGACUUAAAGUAGCAAUCUUGCCUUUUCAGUUUAUUAGAGAAAUCAAAUUAACACAAUGAAAACAUAUAUUUGUACGAUAACAUACUUGUCAUUUCUCGUGAUUAGUCGCAAGUGCCUGUGGCAUGGUAUGUCAUUUUGCAGGUCUAUGGAGGAUCCUGUAAGUAGUCUUGCAGGAUCUUCCACAGACUUCCAUUUUGUACGUUUGUUCACGUCCAGAAGAACACUAGUGACCCAGCCUCAUAUGCCAGGAGCUGAAGAUGUAGCUAAACUGGAAUACAAAGGCACAGAGUUUGUGAUUAGCGAGAGAGAGGAUAGCUGUGGGGCCUGUAAGAUGGACAGAUCUGGUUUGUUGGGUGAAAGCAAGAGGUGAGCACAGGGUAUGUGUAUUUUUAUAAAUCCAUCCUGUAAGUUUCCCUCCGGCACCACCUCACCAGAUACAGGACACUUGGGAGGUAUGACUAUUGCAGGGCCUACUUUCUAUAUCCCAUCCUACAUGUCAGCACCAGGACCAAUAGUCUGAAAUUGUCCAAUAAGAAGCUUCUUAUAGAGAAGCCUACGUUCCAUUCUCUUUCAGGUGUCUCUCCUCCCUUCCCUGUGUCAAAGCCUCCCUCCUCCCUCUCUGCUUCCACCCCUCCCUGUGUCAAAGCCUCCCUGCCUCUCCAUGUCAGAGACUCCCUCCCCUCCUCUUCCUCUGUCAAGUCCCCCCUCCCCUCCCUCUGUCAAAUCCUCCCUCCCCUCCCCUAUCUGUGUCAAAGCCUCCCUCAUCUCCCCUGCUGACCUUUAGUUGCUGAUCUGUGGGGUAGAGGAUCUUUAGUUUACUCUACCUGGACUGAUAGGAAGUGAGAACACUUCCUGUCAGUCUGGGUAGAGGAAACUAAAUAUCCUCUACCCCACAUAUCGGCAACUACAAGGUUAGAAGGCAGGGGAGGAGAGGGAGGCUGUGACACAGGGAUGGGAGAAAGGACCGACCCUGCAAGAACUGACAUGCAGGAGGGGAGAGCUUCUCCUGCUGCAGGUCACUGGGCAGUUCUUGCAGCUAACCAAAGAUUUUAAAGGGAUACUCCACAUCCAUACAGCAAUUCAGCAAGCUGCAGUGCUCUGAAUGUUGAGUGGUCAACAGAGCAGGAGCAAAGAGAUUCUAAAUUAAACAGACUGUGCAAUAAAGUUUUAAACCUUAGAUUUGUCUUUUCAGGAAAUGUGCAGGUCACAUGCAGGGAGGUGUGACUAGGGCUAUGUAAACAAAGUUGUUGUUGUUGUUGUUUUUUAUAACUCCUAAAUUGCAAAAUAUUGAGCAGUGGGACUGCAUGAUUUAUACACCAAAACUGCUUCAUUAACCUAAAGGGUGUUUUGCUUAAUGUCCUUUAAAUUACUGACAUCUGAUUAAACGCAAAGAAGACAAAAUUACUUAUUUUCAUACGUAAUUGUAUCUUACUGCCCUUUGCAUUCAAACUAUGCUAAAACACACCAGUCAAAAAUCACCAAUAAUGAUGCUUAAGUUCCCCCGAUGGCUCCUUUCAAAGUGGUAUUUUUAACAAUACUGACCAACAUAUACAAGAGGAUACAGCUAUAAUUCUUAGAAAAUGAAACACAAAAUAUUCUAAUAUUGCUUUAAAAUGAAAAUCGCCUGUUUGUAAGACCACACUCGCAAAAUAAGACCUUCACGAUGUCCACCACUAAUAUACUCAGGGGGCCAGUAAGUCACUGCUUCUACCUGGAAAGUUUUUUUUUAAAAUCAUUUUGUGUUACUAUAGCGGCCACACUUGAGUUCCUGAGGAAGACUUUUUUUAGACAUGGAUGAAACCCCCAGGCCCGUAUUUGUUUUAAAGGGACACUACAUUGGCUAAAAAAGUCACUGUUCGGUAGAUAUUCCCAAAUGAAAACAUACAUGUGUGUAUUCAAUUAUGCAUUUUAUUUUUAUUUUCAUUGGGUGUGUAUCUAAAAACAGCUUGCAAAAGCUGCAGGUCUAUAGUUUGCCGUCUUUGCAAACCCUCCCCUUCUAACCCCACCCAUACUGCCAUCUUUUGAUAUCCUAAUUAUUGGAACCCCAAAUCAGGCUACAGAAUUAGGGGUGCAAUCUACUGGUAAACCAUUAUUGUCAAACUGAUAGAAUACCACAUUAGAGUAAAGAUCUAUAUAGCAUCAGGAUGUCACCUAGAAUUGUGUGUGCGCACAUGUCUGGGGGCUGUAGAAUAUAUAUACAUAUGUGUUUGUGUCAAUAGGUCCUGUAGAGUGUGUUUGUAUCUAGGAGCUGCAGUGUAUGCAUACUUGUAUAGAAGUUGCGUUCUAUGUGUGUAUUAGGAACUGUAGUGUAUCUUUAAAGGUGCUGUAUUUUGUGUGUGUUUUAAUAUAGGGGAUACAAUAUAAGUGUAAGUAGAAGUGGCAUAGUAUGUGUAUAGCAGUUUGUGCAAUGGUUUAGUAGAUAGUGCCCCAAAUGCAGUAAUUGGCUGAGAGUGUCCGCAGCAAGGUAAAGAUAAAGGUACAGCAGAAGCGUAGUCAGGUCAGGCAGCACAGUAUCAUAAACGAAAGACAAGUCAAAUGUCCGAUACAAGAUAAUCAGGAGAGGUACAAUGCAGUGACUGAGCGUAGCAGGGAGCACAGAAUUCUGAGCACAGGUAUAGGGUAUGAGCAGCUUUAAAUAGGAGAAAAUGGACAUACCUCCUUACAUGUCCCACCUACUUCCUGGGUACUUCCACAUUAUCGAAGGGCAUGCCUCUAGGCUGAUGGUUUAGGUCGGGCCUGAAUAGCAAGGUGUGGCUUCUGCUUUCUUUGGUGCAGCAUGGUCCAGCGUUUGGCAGCAAUAAGCGUUAAAGGUUAGUGUUGGGCUGGGUGUGGGCAUGACAUGAGUGUGGAGGGAAGUUUGUCUUUAUGGGUCUAGUGUGUGUGUAUAGGGGGUAUACAGUUAUGUAGGGUUAUAUGUGUCUGUCUAUACACCAACACAAUGGCACAUAUACAGAAACACUGAGGAGCUUGCCAGCAGCACUGUCACUUGCACGGUGGGACCUGCCUGGGUGUCCCAUGAUGAGCUCCAUAGCACUCGAGUUCAGCGUCUGCCUUGGGUGGCUGUAGGUGAUUGACAGCUUGGAGAGAUAGGUAAGUUGGCUGUAUGUGACUGGGAGGUAUGAAGUUUGUGUGCAGGAGGUGUAGGUGUCUUGGAGGUGACUGUAGGUGAGUGAAAGCUUGGGUGUUGGACAGGUGAGUGAGAGCUGGAAGAUGGACAGGGUGAGUGAGAGCUAUGGGGGAUUGGUAGGGUGACUUUAGGUGAGUUAGAGCUGGGGGGAAGUGUAGGGUGACUAGGUGAGUGAGAACUGGGGGUGGGGGGGCGGGUAUAGUGACUAGGUGAGUGAGAGCUGAGGGUAUGUGCAGGGUGAUGGUAAGUGAUGGGCUUGCUAACUUACCAUUCAGGUGAGUUGGAGGACACAGAGAUAUUUCAUGUUGUGAUGGGUGGACCUGGCUUGCAGCAUGAGGCUCUUCACAUGCGCUGUGUGAUCUCUGUACAAUGUACGGGCUGUGCAGCAUGGAAACUGGUGACAGGUGAGUGAGCAUGGCAACUGCACACUCUGGAGCUAAUCACACUGAAGAGGUGGCCUACUAGGUGGAUGUAGUGGGUUUUUUUUGGGGGGAUGGGGUUAUUGACGUUAUGAGUCUAGUGUGUGUGUGUGUGUGAGAGUCUAGUGUAUGUUUAUAGGGGUAUACAGUUAUGCAGGAUUGCUUUCUAAAGCAGCCCCUCACUGCCCAAUCCCCUGCAGUCAUACACAGCAGCAACUGUAAUGAAAAACGCUAUAUGGAGCCCUUUGACUCCAGAAUAUUGCUCCAUAUAUGUUGUGAGCUAAGGCAAUUUUAUCUGGUAAUAAAAAUGUUCUAAAUGCCAAUCUCCAUUGAAGUAGAUAUGGUCGAGGCUGGUGUUAUAUUCCUACUAUUUUUUGUUUUCAGUUUCUAGAUAUAGCAGCUGUAUCCUCUAUACCAGGGGUUCCCUCUAUACUGCAACUGCUGACUACCUCUUUCUUUAAUAACACUAAAUGUAAGCAUGUAUAGGUUAAAUUAAAUCGAUCAACAUAUUUUGUCUUAUUCCUGUUGUUUUUAGAGAUCACCACAACUUCUUUUGAAAGUUAAGAAAAAAAAGUCUCAUUGUGACCUUCUAUCCUACAGAUGGAUCGUUGGACAGUUGUAAAACGGAAGGCUUUCCUAUCUCUGUUGCUGCAUUAAACUGUCUACAUGAAAAUAAAAAUGUUUCUGGAAUUAAUCAAGCGUUAAAAUGCACUGGCCUUAAUAAAUCAAGGAAAAAACAGGGUGGAAGUAUGGGAAAAGAGUUGCCCUUAUGUGAAGGUUAUCUCAUGGACACAGAAAGUCACCCACACAUGGACCAUACACAGACAGAAUCUGUAUCUCCUAUAAAGAAGGAAUCAGACUCCUGGCAAACAGGAAAUCUAACAGACACAUAUACACCCACAGAACAUAAACAGACAGAGUAUCGAUCUACUGCCAUUAAGGAGGAACCAGCCUUGUCUGAAGAGGGGAAUAUCAUAUAUAAUGACAUGAAUGGACUUACAGAUUAUAAAAUUAUUUGUAUUAAGGAAGAAUUGCCCUCAUGUGACAGUUAUACACCCACAGAACAUACAUCUACACUCUUGAAGAAAGAAUCUUCCUCACCUGAAGAUGAAACUCUCAUGGACCUUACCACGGGUGGAGUUACAGACUAUACAGUUAUUCAGAUUAAGGAGGAAUCAGCAGCGUGUGAAGAAAAUCUUCCAAAUGCCAACAUUCACACUACUAAAAAACAUUCACCUUUAAAAUGUGUGUUUAGCAGACAUAAAGGUCCAAGUACAACAAAGAAGAAAGUAUCUAAUAAAAAACAAGCAAAUGAUAAAAUUCAGGAACAGAUGCAACUGGUAGAGGGAAUAUUUAACUGCAUGGAGUGCCAGGAACACUUUACUACUCAAUCAGCACUUGUUAAACAUCAGCGCAUUCACAUAAGGGAAAAAAGGUUUACUUGUCCUGAUUGUGGCAAACGCUUUACUGCUAAAUCACUAUACGAUGCACACCAAAGAAGUCACACUGGAGAAAAACCAUUCUCUUGUCUUGCAUGUGGGAAAUGCUUUACCAGUAAGUCAAGUCUUGUCAAACAUCACAAUAUUCACACAGGAGAGAAGCCAUUUUCCUGUUCUGUUUGUGGAAAACAGUUUAGUCAAAAGUCCAGUCUUACGUCACAUAAUAGAAUUCACACUGGAGAAAAACCUUACUCCUGUGCAGUGUGUGGGAAACGUUUUACCGAUAAGUCAGGUUUUGUGUACCAUCAAACCAUUCACACUACAGAGAAACCCCUUUCCUGUUCUGAAUGUGGGAAAAGGUUUAUUAGGAAAUCCCAUUUUAUAAUACACCAAAGGAGUCACACAGGAGAGAAGCCAUUCUUAUGCUUGGAGUGCGGGAAAUGCUUUGUUAUGAAGUCGAGCCUUGUCAAACAUCAGAUCAUUCAUACAGGGGAAAAACCGUUCUCAUGCAUACACUGUGAGAGGAAUUUUAAUCAAAAAUCACAUCUCAUUGCUCAUCAGAGGAUUCACACAGAUGACAGACCUUUUUCAUGUUCUGAAUGCGGGAAAGGUUUUACUAGUAAAUCAGGGCUUGUGCAACAUAAGCAAAUCCACAAAUCACAGAAACCAUACCCCUGCUCUGAAUGCAGUCACAGUUUUAGUGCAAAGUCACAAUUACUUGCACAUCACCGGAUUCACACAGGAGAAAAACCGUUCUCCUGUUCCGUGUGCAGGAAAAGUUAUAUAUUUCAGUCAAGUCUUGUCCAGCAUCAAAAGACUCACACUGGUGAGAAGCCGUUCUCGUGUCCUGAAUGCGGAAAAAGUUUUACUUUUAAAUCGGUUCUUGUUCAGCACCAGAGUAUUCACACCGGAGAGAAACCAUUCUCGUGUUCUGAAUGUGAAAAAAGUUUUACCCAAAAAUCCCAUCUUGUCUCACAUCUGAGGACUCACACUGGGGAGAAGCCUUAUUUUUGUACUAAAUGUGGAUACAGCUUUGCUGCUAAGACAAGUCUUGUUACACAUCUAAAGAUUCAUGAACAAGAACACACUGACUAA